GAGAGACAAAGAGGGAGCGGGUCGGUGAGUCCGUCUGCACAGAGGCAGUUCGGGACUCGGUGCUUUUAGCUUGCUGGUCCGGUUCCGUGUUUGUGCUGGAAGAUGGAGCAAUCCCGGGUCAAGCUGAAUUUUCACCAGGAAAGCGAAGCCGGGCUAAACCAACUCAUCAACACGAAACUCCGAGCUUCAUACACAUUCCUUUCAGUGUCGUUCUUCUUCGACCGGGAUGACGUCGCGUUGUCGAACUUCGCCAGGUUUUUCCUGGAGCGUUCCCACGCCGAGCAAGAGCAGGCAGAGAGGCUGCUGGGAUACCAGCUGCAGCGAGGGGGGCGGGUCUUACUGCAAACCAUCCAGAGCCCCUCUAAGGGGGACUGGGAGGGUGGUCUGGAUGCCAUGGUCUUCGCUGUUAAUUAUCAGAAGGAGCUGAACCAGUCGGUGCUGGAGCUGCACAAGAUCUCCGGGCAAAACAAUGACCCCCAUCUCUGUGAUUUUCUUGAGGACCACUUCCUGUCUCGCAGCGUGGAGGAAAUCAAGAGGCUGGGAGAUCAUGUGACCAGCCUGCGCAAGCUGACUUCCUGCGAGCAGCAGGGCAUGAUGGGAGAGUACCUGUUUGACAAGCACACUCUUAGCUAGACCCUUCCAGACAAGAAGGCUGUUUCACGAAGGCUUGUAGACUUGGGCACAUUCAAUAAAGAUACAUUUAAAAA